AUGUCUAACCCCGUAUCAGCCGUUGAUCUAAUUGAAACCACAACAAAGAAUCUGACUGCGUGCGGCGUGACGCCCACAACCUCUCGGCUGGUGCUAGCAGUGAGCUCGUCGCUUCUAACCCGGCUCGAGGAGACCGACCGUCUCUUCCUCAGCACCGGCCCCACCGCACAGCUCCUCCAGGAGUACGAUUCGCUCUUGGGUGCCUUACUCAAGGAGAACGCCGCUUCACAUGCUAUUCCGAGGGUUUACUACAAAAAGGGAAUCAUCGAGAUCACACUCGGACGUGAGCUACAGGCGGUGCUGGAUUUCCGUCAAUGUCUUGUGUAUGACCCGCACAUGGCGCCCGCGCGCAGCCGGUUGCUCCGUUUGUUGCUAGAAUUGGGCCGCUACGACGAGUUGGCCACCCAGAUUGCCGCUGAACCACUGCUUGUAGAACAGGCGGUGCUGGAUUUCGAUAAGUUCCACCAUGAGGUCCAGUUCGGCGUUCACGAGAUGAGCUUUCUCAAGGACACGUGUCCGGACUCGGCCGAAUACGUCGACAAGUGCACCAACUUGCUUGGCCUCUCGCCUUUAAACAAGGAGGUGCAUCAGUUGCGGUUAGCGGCAACUCUCAGAACCGAGCGCGAAGAUUUUUUGUCGCUUGUGCUCGACGAUCUCACCGCGUUGCACAAGCUCGAGCCGAAUGUGCUCGACCACACGCAGCGCCUCUCGUCGCUCUACCUCUACGGGUUCAGCGACUUUGAAAACGCAAAGCUGCUCACCGCCAAGUGCCUCAGGAACGAUAAUGAGUACAAGCCGUGUCAGGUGCAGUCGAAGGUGUACACUAAAUUCCUGGAGCUCCUCACACUUCUCGAGAAGGUGUCCAUUUACUAUUCCCACUUGGACGUAGCCGAGGUUUCAGAUGACUUAAAGGAGGAAAUUGAUGUCAGUGAAAAUGAAUGGGCAAAAUUGCACCAGUUGUUGUUUGAGAAACCCACGUUUUCCAAGGCAAUGCUGCGCCAGUUGGGGCUCACGCGCGAGGUUACGUCAAGUUUUGAAUUUCUCCGCGACACCGCGCACGCGCAAGAGAUCCCCGCGGUGCACAAUGGGUUUCUCCGUGACUUGACCAAGGCUGCAUGCGAGGCACACAUCCACCGCAAGGAAUACAAAGCCGCGAAACCGCUCUGCCAGGAGUUGUAUCUUGGAAAAGGUCUCCCGGAGGGCUCGAAGUUCUUCCCCGCUCACGUUCCUAAGAUCGACUUGUUGUUGAAAAAUCAGAAGUACGACCAGGCUGCUGCUCUUUUGAAUGAGUUUAACGCGAGGGUGAAGAAGACUCAGUUGUGGCAGCUGCGCCACGAACCGAUUGUGCAGCACCAGAAACAACAGCAGCAACAGCAGCACUUCCAUCGACAACAACAGCAGCAACAACAACAACAGUACCAACAACCGUUAAAGCCGAAGCACGAUUACUACAAGAUUCUCGGAGUGCCUCGUACGGCCGACGAUACAACCAUUAGAAAGGCAUAUAGAGACAUGACAAAGAAAUUUCACCCCGACAAGUACCGUGGUGACGCCACAGCCGAGCAGAUUGAAGAAAAAAUGACGCAGAUCAACCACGCCUACGAGGUGUUAGGUGACAAGGACUUGAGGGCACGCUACGAUAAGGGUGAAGACCCUAAUGACCCCGAGGCUGGGCGCAGGCAGCAGACCCAGCACCAUCAGAAUCCGUUUGCCGGCGGGGGCUUUGGGGGCUUUGGGGGCUUCGGAGGCAACAGCCAUUUCAAGUUCCAGAACAUGAAGCAUAAGAAGGCGCAGCGGGGGCAUUAAGUAGUGAACAUAUUACACAAUGCGGUAGAGUGUGUAGUAGGUUGGCUGGGGAAAGCGGACUACUGUGAGGCUUUCACUAACAGGAAGCUGAUUCCCAGUCUGGAUAGGUCAAACCAGAAGUUUACAAAAGACGGACGUCGGUAAAUUGAUACGUAAAUACACAUUUCAUUAGGUG